AUGCCUGACACAGGCAGAAGCACAUAUAAGUACCCUCAUCUGGAAUGCUCCUCUACGGCAGCGAUGUUCCGUUCCCCAAGAGUCAUGACCUAUGCUCUUCUCUCUGGGGUCCUUCUUCUUGUGGUCCUUACAGUCCUUUCCCAAGAAAACCGAAUAAGUCCCACCUCUCGCCUUCGUUAUUCCAGGUUUCUUGAUUCUUCCAAUCUUGUUUUCCUGCGCUGGGACUUUGACCUCAAGGCCGAGAUCAUCACUUUUGAGCUCCAGGUCCGGACAACUGGCUGGGUAGGCUUGGGGGUCACCAAUCGCUACACAAGAGCAGGAAGUGAUCUGGUUGUUGGAGGAGUCUUGCCCAACGGCAAUGUCUAUUUCUCGGAUCAGCACCUGGUGGAUGAGGACACCCUGGAAGAGGAUGGGAGCCAGGACGCUGCCCUGCAGGAGCUAAAGGAAGAUGAGAGCUACACCACCAUGCGUUUCUCAAGGCCUUUUCGCUCCUGUGAUCCUCAUGACCAAGACAUCGCGGAUGACACUGUGAGAGUGUUGGCAGCCUAUGGUCCCGAUGAUACUCCGAAGCUGGAUCGCAAGCUGACUUUUGUGAAGUCCAUCUUUCUGCUACAAAUAGUCCACCCAGAUGACCUGGAACUGCCUGAUGACACCAUUAUUCAUGACUUGGAGCUCACAGACUUCCUAAUUCCAGAGGAUGACACCACUUAUGCCUGUACCUUCCUUCCUCUCCCCAUUGUUAGCCAGAAACAUCAUAUCUACAAGUUUGAGCCCAAGCUGGUAGAGCAUGAUGAGACCAUGGUGCACCACAUCCUAGUUUAUGCCUGUGGUAAUGCCAGUGCACUGCCCACAGGAGUCAGUGACUGCUAUGGGGCCGACCCUGCCUUCUCCCUCUGUUCCCAGGUCGUCGUGGGCUGGGCUGUCGGGGGCACUAGUUACCAGUUUCCAGAUGAUGUGGGCAUCUCUAUUGGGACUCCUAUGGACCCCCAGUGGAUCCGACUGGAGAUUCAUUACAGCAACUUUCACAACCGGGCUGGUGUGUACGACUCUUCAGGAAUCCGAGUGUACUACACUGCACGGCUGCGCAAAUAUGACAUGGGAGUACUCCAGCUCGGCUUCUACACUUUCCCAAUCCACUUCAUACCCCCGGGUGCAGAGUCCUUCAUGUCAUAUGGGCUAUGUAGGACAGAGAAGUUUGUAGAGAUGAAUGGGGGAUCCAUACCUGACAUACAUGUGUAUGGCUACCUUCUCCACACCCAUUUGGCUGGGAGGUCUCUGCAGGCUGUGCAGUACAGGAAUGGAUCUCAAUAUCGAGUCAUCUGCAAAGAUGAUUUUUAUGACUUCAAUCUGCAGGAGACUCGAGAUUUACCUCAUCGAGUGGAAAUCAAGCCAGGGGAUGAAUUACUGGUGCAGUGUCACUACCAGACACUGGAUCGAGACAGCUUGACUUUUGGGGGGCCCAGCACCAUUAAUGAGAUGUGCCUUAUCUUCCUCUUCUAUUAUCCCCGAAACAACAUUUCUAGCUGCAUGGGUUACCACGACAUCAUCUACGUGGCUCAUGAACUGGGAGAGGAAGUAACAGAUCCCAUGGAGGGUGUGAUGGCCCUGAGCAAUGUUGACUGGACGCCAGAGAACAUAAAGACAGCUGAAAAGGCUAGCAAGGAGGCCCAGCAGACAGUAGUAAUAAAGACCAUUGAUGAGGUGGUGGAAAACACAACAGGUUGGAUUCCAGAUAUCAUUCCAACUCCUCGUGGGCCCUGCCUGGAGUCCUCAGGAGGCAAAGUGGAAGUCCAGGACAAAAUUCCUGCAGGGUUCAGGACUGCACCAGUGUCCCUCAAAGGUUCUGGCACUUCUUUAUGGCACCUAUCACUGGUUGCCCUCUUGUGUGUGCAGGGAGCACUUUCUUGGCUCCUUACUUCCCUCCAGGCUACAGUCUGA